UUCAAUAAUACAAUUGUUAAAUUUAUUUUUACCCAAACAAGAAAGAAAAAGAGGGAAUGUAAUUUAUUGAUAGUUAGUCAUGAUUGUUUACUCUUUAGAAGGAAAUAAAAGAAUGGAUAUAUCCAGAUUAAUUGAAGAUGCAGAGUUAAUUCUUCAAAUAAAGAAACAAGUUAGCAAAGCUUACAAUGAGAAUAAUAAGUUGCAGAAACAACGAGGACUGAUAUCAACACCUGUUCCAGUUUUUGUACAUCAUUUUGUUUUAAAGAAGCAAUUUAUUGUUAGUUAUGUACAAGCUUAUGAUGAUGCUGUGAACAAUGUUUACCUUGAUGGUCUAGAUUCAAUGUUGCAUCCAAAGUUGUUCACAAAUGGAGCAUUUAUAAUCAGCAAAUAUGGUGCUAGUCAGUUUAUAGAUGGAGAUGUUACUGCAACUGGGUUGAGUCCUUUAAAUAGCACAGCCAAUCUUAACGAAUCAUCUUCUGAAAAUACAACCCUCUACUCGACAACAGAAGUUCAAUUGCCAAUUAAAAAUGCUGAAAUUGUUAAAUGUGGGACAAUUUUUUCUACGCUUGACGUCCUUGCUGGUGGUAAGAAAGAAUUUCAUGGAGGACUUGGUUUAGUUAAGACAAUCUCUAUAAACUUAAGAAGACUUAAACCACUGUCUCCAGUUGAUUCAAGAUAUUUAAAUGCAGUGUACGUACAAUGCCUCAAACUAAGCACAGACGAUAUUGGGAUAUUUGUUCUACCUUGUCAAAAUACGAAACCUUUGAGCAUUACAGCAAUGCUUUGUUUUCAAGAGAUGAAGACAGACGAUAAGAUAGCAUUUCAUGUUUUAAAAAUCAGAAAUUUGAAUAAUGACAAGAGCAAAACAGUGUCUUCAUCAGAAGAAGCCUCAUAUGUUUCUACUUAUGACAUACUUGGAGACUUGAAACUAGAGUCACCUGAAGAAAUGGAAGAAGAAAACCAAGAAGAAAGCCCUGAAGAAACAUCAUUGACAGUUGACUUCCACUGGUCAGGAGGUGAGUGCCAAAUUCUUCACCAUCCUCCACAUUCUGCUAAAACUGUUUUGAAAUUGAAGGUUGUUGCUGGCGAGAAUCGGUCUGCUGCUCAUGAUGCUUUUGUUGAACUUACUGCGCUAGAUACAGUGUUUAACACAUCAUAUUCAAACAUUAUUGACUCAACAUCUUCGUUCUCUACUGAAAUUAUAAAUGCGAAGCUCUUAGUUUUCAAAGAGACAGUCUCUGAUUUUUCAUUUUAUGGAAACGUGGAAAAAAUGAAGCAGGUUGAAUCGGAGAAAACUGAUGAUUUGGAAACACCAAUGUCGCAAUUAAUACAAGAAAGUUUUCAGCGUAAUGACCAUGAUUUUACCGAUAAGUUAUGGUCAUUUUUACGUCAAACAGAGAAUAUGGAUGAGAUACGAGGACUUUUAGAUGAUAUACUAACAGAUAUUGUUCAUGGAUCUUUGCAGCCAGCAAUAAGUCCAACAAAUGAUACCAAAUUAGGCAAAUAUAUUCGACAGAUGUAUCUAGCAGAGACUGAAGAAGUCAAGUUACAUGUACGAGAAAAGCUAUUGGAGUUCCUCUCAAGUGAGACCUCCAUUCAAGCCUUAGUGAGUGAGAUUGGAUUUGAAAAGCUUCGUAAAGAUUAUUUUAACUUCUUCAUUAGUAAAGAAUUGGCAUCAGCUACAAACCUUAGAAAACUUUUUAAACAAAAGAGUGGACAAGUUGACAUGGAAGCCUUAUGGAAGCUUCACUACUGUUUGGAAAUUGUCAGUACACCGGCUAUCUAUCUUAACUUAGCACACGAUUGUCAAUCCACGUUAUUAAAAGGAGCUAUCGAAUACUACAGUGUAAAUGGUGUUGGACUUUCAAGUCCAACUUUUUGUUUAUCACUACUUCCUUUUCAUGACUCAUCUUCAUCAGUACACGAAACAUGCGAAGCACGACAAGCUGUUUCAUGGCAACAAGGUGUCAUCCGAACUAACAAGGCAAAUAUGAAAGAAACAACUCUGCUGCACGUGACAUGUAAGGACGUAUUGCCAGAGGAGGAGAACAUUGAUUUUAUUCCAACACAACAAGACCAAGUAAUACUUUCUGAAGAGGUUGUUGUUCUUCCUGUCAAGAAGAUUCCACUAAAAGUAAAUGGACAUUGAAUUUGACAUUUUUAAUAUGCCUUGUAGUAAGAUUUUGCAUGUGGAAACUUUUUGCAGGUUAUUGUCAAAUUAUUAUCUAUAUAUACACUCUUAAUUUAUUUACAGUCUGAACUUGAGGUCAUUUUAUCAACAGUUAAAAUUUACAUGUUUUCUCUUCUUGCAGUUUGCAAAAUGUAUUAUUUUUUUCUUUUUCAGUGUAUUCUUACAGUUAUCUUUUGUUUGGUAUGGUUAGUGAUAUCAUAUAUAUGUUAGUUUGUCAGUUAUGUUUUCAUGAAUUAAUUUUUAUAUAAUGUUAAGAAUAAUUUUUUCUUUUGGCUGUAACAUUUUUUGUUUUGUUUUUCUCUAAAUCGAGCAUCUUCCCUUGUGUUGAAUAAUAGUUAACUUAGAAACAAACUUUCCAUCGGUUGUCUUCAACCUUAAAAAACUAAGAAUCCAGAACAAAAACCAAAAUCCAUUUUUUGUUAUAAUUUGAGGAUUUGAUUUUAAUUGUUACAAUCUGUGAACAUCUGUUAUUUUCUGAUGACUUGCUAACUGUUAGGUAUUUAUAAAAGAAAAUAUUGCUUCGUUUAAUAUUCAAUA